AUGAACGAGAAGACAGUGGUUGUAAGCGUUCUUGACGCCCUCAUUGCGGUUUCGUCCCUCACUCUGCGCUACACGUCAAUUCUUUUUGUAAGAUUUCACCCGCUGGGUAGACGAUACCUCGAUCGAAUCUACUGGAGCUUUGGUAUCUUUCUCUUCGCUUUCAUCACCCAACUUUUCCUUGUCAGACGUCUCAGUUUGAGACUGAAGAGGAAUCGAGGCCUUGCUCUCCUUUUGACAAUCUUCGAUGACGCAAGGCCAAUCUCUACGGCUGUGAGCUUCCUGGUCAACAUAUGCUGUCUUGCGGCGGUUCUUGACUUUCUCUUUCGCGGCCACAUGCUUCAUCAGAGCAACAAUCUUUCAUUCUCCCGGAUUGGCUUCGUUGACUCUUCAACCGCCCGAGUAGUGAUUCGGGCGCCCAACUCUGACUAUGUGGACAUAACCAUUACUUCCGACUCGGGCGCUUCAGGCGCAAAAGUUGAUCCAAUCUUGAUCAACCAUGAAUCCGACUACACCGGAACGUUUCUGGUUGAGGGACUGGCCCCCAACACUUCAUACACGUAUUCAACCAAUGCUAGCCAUACCGGAUCCUUUCGCACCUCGGUCUUGCCCCAGGACCUGAAACGCUGGAGUCUCAUCUCAUCGAGUUGCAUCAAGCCAUUUUAUCCGUAUAGUCCCAUUGAUCAUGGCCUGCGCAUCAAGGGGCUAGAACACCUCAGCAAUUAUGUCUCCACCAAACCUGUCGAGAUGAUGCUCUUUCUCGGAGACUUCAUUUACAUCGACCUUCCUAUACCUUUGGGCUGGGAUGCCAAGGCCUACUACACGGCCUACCGACAGGCUUAUGCUUCCCCAUCUUGGUCUUCCCAAUUGCGAGCUAUCCCAUGGCUUCAUGUGUAUGAUGACCAUGAGAUCAUCAAUGACUGGGCUGCCAACGAGACUGGCCUCUACGGAACUGCCAUGCAGCCUUUCUGGAGCUACCAAGGACAUGCGAACCCACCGUCCGAAUUUGGUGCCAGAAACACCUACUACUUGUUUCGGCGCGGAGGUGUGUCGUUUUUCGUCUUGGAUACCAGGCGAUAUCGAUCAGACAACGCCAUGGCUGAUGGGCCAGAGAAAACCAUGUUAGGUGAACAGCAGCGCACGGCUCUUGUGCAGUGGCUGGAAUCGGAGACGGAUUACAAGGUUGUCGUGAGUAGUGUGCCGUUCACCAGAAACUGGAGAGGCCCGGAUUCAGCAGAUAGCUGGUCUGGAUAUCUCUGGGAGCGAGAACAAAUUCUCGACGCGAUGAAGCGGAAUGGUGGAGCUAUUAUCUUGAGUGGCGAUCGUCACGAACAUGCCACAACAAAGUUCCCACCAAACAACGAGGGCGAGAUGCCAGUGAUUGAGUUCUCAACCUCACCAUUGAACCAGUUCUAUGAGCCCUUUGACCGAUUCCACAAAGAAAUCGAGGACACCGACAUCUCCAUUCACUCCCACCCGUGGGGGACAUCAAAGUUUGGGGUUGUCUCAUUUGAUACGAGCAACAAGGAUCGGCUUGCUCUUCACUACGAUCUCAUUGUUGAUGGAAGCAGACUAUGGCAGUACGAUUGGGAGGUCCGGCGUAAAGAAGGGGAAUAA